AUGGAUAUUUUGAAAGCAUUUAACCUCAACACAGAAAUCACUGACUUGGAAUCAAUCACAACUGAACUUAUUCAACCUAUUACCAAAUGUCUUAAAGAAAAUUACCUCACAUUUUGGAAACACAAACUUGAAAAUUCCUUGAAACUAAUCUUUUAUUCGACCAUCAAGAUAGAUUACGAAAUAGAAAA